AGAGGGCGCACGUCAGUUUCCCGCAGCCUAAUCUAACCCAGUGACGUCAUCGCCCCAUGACCCGGAAAUUCUGCUGCUAUUUCUUGACACGUAGUUAGCGGCGUUGGCGGAGUCUCGGGCGGUUAACGGUGCUGUUUGCAAUGUCGGGGUUUGACAACACAGACUUUUUCCAGUCUAGUUACAGUGUGGACGAUCAGAACCAAGGAGGAUAUGGCUACAGCGACCCAAAUGACCCGUACAGCAAACAGUAUGAGUACUCCCAGCCGAUGGGCUACUCGGCGCCUCCGGGAAUGAUGCAGCCCCAGCAGCCUUACAUGGGGCAGAUCUACCAGCCCACGCCAGCCUUUACGCCAGUCUCCCCACAGUCCAUGUACGGUAGCAGCUUUGAGGAUGAGCCCCCGCUGCUGGAAGAGCUGGGGAUCAACUUUGACCACAUCUGGCAGAAGACUCUGACUGUGCUGCACCCGCUGAAGGCAGCAGAUGGCAGUAUAAUGAACGAAACAGACCUGGCUGGGCCCAUGGUGUUCUGUUUGGCCUUUGGGGCGACGCUACUCUUGACGGGUAAGAUCCAGUUCGGUUACGUGUAUGGUAUCAGUGCCAUCGGGUGCCUCGGCAUGUACUGCCUGCUCAACCUCAUGAGCAUGACCGGGGUGUCAUUCGGCUGUGUGGCUAGUGUUCUCGGUUACUGCCUGCUACCCAUGAUCACCCUGUCCAGUUUCGGGGUCCUCUUUUCCUUACAGGGCAUGUUGGGCAUGAUUUUAACAGCUACCAUCAUAGGUUGGUGCAGUUUUUCGGCCUCUAAGAUCUUCAUCUCUGCUUUGGCCAUGGAUGGGCAGCAGCUGCUGGUGGCGUAUCCCUGCGCCCUGCUGUACGGAGUCUUUGCCCUCAUCUCUGUUUUUUGAACUCUCGAUCUCUUUUAAUGGACAAAUAGAGCACCAGUACGCAACCUUUUAUUUGAGGACUGCUUUUGUAACACCCCCACACCCUCUCACUGAGUGUUUCCAGUGCUCAUCAUGUUCUGAGAGGAUGUGGAAUUAAUUUCCCUUCAGUUUUUUUUUUCUUUACCUCACCACCUACUCUGAGAAAUGUUCUUGCAUUUUAAUGUAGGUUAAAACUUGAUUCUUGUUCUUUAAUGUGGACUACAUUCUAUUGUUCUUUCCGAAAUAGUUUUCUUUAACAGAGCCAGAGAAUGAAGUGUUUAUUGAAAAGAAGAAUCAGUGCAGAGGGCACACCUCUCCUCCUACACAACAUCUUUAAUGCUUUUGCGUUUCAGGCAAGCAUCUCACUCCAGAAAGUUCUUUGCAGAUACAGUAGUAACUGUUCUUUCUUGAAAUAUUUUCAUUACAUUCCUGGUUUGCUGAUUGUGGAUUUGUUUGCUCUGUGUUCAUUCAUACACUUGGGUCAGUAAGAGUGCCUACAUGUUCACACAUUUUCACACUAUUCUAUCAUGUACUAGGCAAAAUAAACAAACAAACAAAAAAAAAAAAUCACCAUUUGUGCAUCUUUUGCAAGCCUAUUUAAAUGAAUAUUGCAGCCAAAAUCAAAAAUGCUUUCAUUACUCACUCUUUGGUUCCAAACCUGUAUGACUUGUUUUUACGUCCAAUUGUUAUAAUAUAUGCACACACACACAAACCUUUACAUGCAUUUAACAUCAAAAAUUGAUGAGUGGGUAAUUGAUGACAGUCUUUAUUUUUGAAGUCUUCUGUAUAGUGAACCCUGAUGGCUGGAUUUUGGAUUUUUGGAUUUACUUUCACACAUUGAUCUUUUGAAAUACACGAGGCAGAGCCAAGGUUAAGCAUUCAAAAUGGAUCUUAAAGAGUCAAACUGACAGAACAAAUCUUUCUGACCUGUGGAUUGUAUGUAUGGGCUUUUUGUUUAUUUUAAGGUGCCACGACUGUCCUGUCAGAUAGAGAGUUAUAUUUAUAUACAAGGUAACUUUGUUUUGUAUGUCCUGAUGAGUACAAAUGUUUAUGGCAAUCCUGUCUUGUGGAAAAUCUGUGAGCAACUGGUAGGGUGUCACACUUGUGCUGUUUCACGGGCUGUUUUAAUUCAAUAAAACUGCAACUUUUGUUGAA